AUGGUCGCAUGCAUGUGGAUCGUCAGCUGGCUAGCCACUUUGGUAGUCUGCGCCAACGCCUGGGGACUGGUGUCCCCCAUUGAACUAGAGAGCAAGUUCAAGGAGUCAAGCCUAGUUGCUGUAGCUUUCAUCGCUCCAUCGGAAGCAAAAUCACAGUCGUUAGAGACACAGUGGGAGGGAGCUGCAUCUGAAGCAAACAUCCCUCUGCUUAGCAUCGACUGUGUUGCUAAUGCCGAUGCCUGCAAACCCCAUACAGACUCGGCAUAUCCUACCGUGAAGCUGUUCAAUAAUGGCGAGGCUACAUCGAAAUUCCAGGGACCCAGAAGGGCUACAGCUAUUCUAGCUUGGCUUGAAAGGACGCAACGACCUGUCCUUUCUGAUGUCGACAUCACGUCCCUCACUGCGUUCAGAUCAGCAGAUGAGACGGUAUUUAUAGCCUAUAUCGACCCGGAGGAUGUAGAGUCUCGAGCUGUGUUCCAGGAUGUGGCAGAAGCAUUUUCUGCCGAAUUCACCUUUGGCAUCAGCACCGACGCAGAAAGUCGCGCAUCAGAGGAACUACAAGCCCCGGCUAUCAAGUGCUACAAACCUAUUGACGGCGAUACUAAAGUUUUCAAAGGGAAGCUUGAUCAACAAUCAUUGGAGUCUUUUGUUAAAGAGGCAUCGCGUCCUAUUAUCGGCGAGUUGCUUCCCCAUACCCACCAGCGUUUCCUAGACCGCGAGUGGCCUAUGGUGUAUGUAUUCGCCGAAACAGAGGCCGAGCGCACAGAGCUGCGGCAGUCGCUGAAGAAGCUGGCUCGCAGCCAAUACAAAUCACUGACCAUGGUCACGGUCGACCCAUUGGAGUUUCCGGAACUACCAGCCAAGCUUGGUCUUGAGGCAGGCGUCUUCCCAUCUGGUGCAGUCCACCAGCUAUCGACAAACAGGAUCUAUCCUUAUCCUAAAGGCCAACCCAUCAACUCCCGCGCUUUGCAGCAAUGGGGAUUGGACGUUUGGCAAGGACGAAUCGACCCUUGGACGCCUGCUGGCGCUACUCCAGUGCCAAGGGCUGACACACCCGGUCGAAUCAAGGCCACACGCAAAGUUUCCAUGAGGAGCUUUCCAGGCAUGAAGAUUAAUAUUGGUCGCGAUGAGCUGUGA